AUGGCAGAGGAAUCCACCACCACCAUCUCUGUCUUCUACAGACCUGCAUCUACCACAGAGGUUGAUGCUCAGCAUCCUGGACAUGUGCCUUCUGAAAUCAGAUGCUCCAGAUGCCUUCUGGAAGGCUGGCAUUACCUGACUGGAGACAUGGAAUGUGUCCACAAGCACUCCGUGCCUGCGGCCGGUCCUCCUGCCCGCCAGGGGGCGCGCUCCCGCGUCGGCGCACGUGGCCCGCAGCGGCAGGCUGCGCAUGCGCUGUUUGUCGCCGACCGGCGCCCUCCCGCGGCGCAUGCGUACAGGAAGAGGCGGCGCGCGCAGGCGCGGGGCGCGGGCUGGCGGCGGCGGCGGCGGAGGGGAAUUAAAAUGGAAGAUGAGGAGGUCGCCGAGAGCUGGGAGGAGGCGGCCGACAGUGGGGAAAUAGACAGACGGUUGGAAAAGAAGCUGAAGAUCACACAGAAGGAAAGCAGAAAGUCCAAAUCUCCUCCCAAAGUGCCGAUCGUGAUCCAGGACGACAGCCUCCCUGCAGGGCCUCCCCCGCAGAUCCGCAUCCUGAAGAGGCCAACCACCAACGGGGUGCUCAGCACCCCCAACUCCGCCAGCAGGCCGGCCCUGCCCGUCAAGUCCCUGGCACAGCGCGAGGCCGAGUACGCCGAGGCCAGGAAACGCAUCCUGGGCAGUGCCAGCCCCGAAGAGGAGCAGGAGAAACCCAUCCUAGACAGGCCGCCGAGGAUCUCGCAGCCGGAGGACAGCCGACAGCCCAACAAUGUGAUCCGACAGCCGCUGGGUCCCGAUGGCUCGCAGGGCUUCAAGCAGCGCAGAUAA